UUAUUUUCCAGGCAUUCAUGUCCUUGUUCACCUUGACAUACAUUCAUGUAGUUUUUGUUCGCUCUUCAACAAAUUGUUUUGACGAUGUCCAGCAGAAAUGGUCCCGGAGUGGAAUCUUGAGAGCUGAGGUAUUGUCUAGAAAGGAAAAAUUAAAUUACUCAUUGGAGCAAUCAUAUCUGAAAGAAAGAAAACUGCGGCAGUACGAAUAUGAAGAUCCUUUGUAUAUAUUCAACAGCAAUACUUUCCUAAAAAAUCGGGAAAGGUCAAGUAUCAAGGAAGAUGAAAAUGUGUAUGCUGUAGAAGAUUACUCUUUGCUUUCAGAAAUUAUAGAUGGGAAUGAAUCUCUAUCUCUUUAUAAACGCUCUGUUUAUGGAGGAGAAAGUUCUGAUGGUUUAUAUACUUUUUCACCAAUGUGGCCUAGUGACGAAUACAUUGUAGAAUUUUCUCUGGAAUAUGGAUUUCUGAAGUUAAGUCCUUCUGUUAGAAAACGCUUGAAUAUUUCGGUAACACUGGUAGCAUUAGAGAGGGAAACAGAAAAAUGCUUUGGAAAUUUUUUUAAUAGAUUUCUGUUAGAGCACUUUAUUGGUUAUGAUGAUGUACUUUUGGCUAGUUUAAGGAGCUUAGCCGAAAAAGAGGAUUAUAAAGGGUACGUCAGAAAUGUUGUGACAGAGACAGAGUUUGUCUUCAUCAACAUUUGGAUGAAUGAGACCUCAUAUUUUACAGCUGGCUUCGUAAUGUUAGUUUUUACAGUGUCAAUAUCCAUUCUCUUGAGAUACUCUCAUCAUCAGAUAUUUGUUUUUAUUGGUAAGUUGUUUAUUUUCCCUGAUUUCUUCAAUAAUUUCCAUUUGUG